GCCGCGCCGGGCCGCCACCACCCGGGAGGGACAGUCGGGGACCCGCGCGACACGGAGGAGCCCGCGUCUGGGGUGGUGCAGGCGGCCUUGGGGACCCCCGGCGCGGCGGGCGCGGAGAUGAUCCUGGAGGAGAGGCCCGACGGCGCGGGCACCGGCGAGAAGAGUGCGCGGCUGCAGGGCCAUGACUCCCUGACACAGACACAGCGUGGCCAGCUGCAGAGCCGCAGGGCCUGGAUUUACCAGCAGAUCGACAAGGAGCUGCAGAUGCGGACGGGCGCUGAGAACCUCUACAGAGCCACCAGCAACAGCCGGGUGAGAGAGACGGUCGCCCUGGAGUUGAGCUACGUUAACUCCCACCUGCAGCUGCUGAAGGAGGAGCUGGAGGAGCUCAGCGGCGGCGUGGACUCUGGCCGGCAUGGGAGCGAAGCUGUCACUGUCCCCAUGAUACCUCUGGGCCUGAAGGAGACCAAGGAGCUGGACUGGUCUACACCGCUGAAGGAGCUGAUCUCGGUGCACUUCGGAGAGGACGGCACCUCCUAUGAAGCAGAAAUCAGGGAGCUGGAGGCCCUUCGGCAGGCCAUGCGGACUCCCAGCCGGAACGAGGCGGGCCUGGAGCUGCUCACCACCUACUACCACCAGCUGUGCCUCCUGGAUGCACGCUUCCUCACCCCCGCCAGGAGCCUUGGGCUCUUCUUCCAGUGCCUGACCCCGCACUGCAGGUAUGACUCGCUCACUGGGGUCCCGGCCCAGCAGCGUGCCCUGGCCUUCGAGAAGGGCAGCGUGCUUUUCAACAUUGGUGCCCUACACACGCAGAUCGGGGCGCGCCAGGACCGCACCUGCGUCGAGGGUGUCCACUGCGCCGUGGAGGCCUUCCAGAGGGCCGCUGGGGCCUUCAGCCUCCUGAGGGAGAACUUCUCACAUGCGCCAAGCCCAGACAUGAAUGCUGCAUCCCUCUGCGCCCUGGAGCAGCUCAUGAUGGCCCAGGCCCAGGAAUGUGUGUUUGAGGGCCUCUUGCCACCUGCCUCCAUGGCUCCCUGCGACUGCCUGGCCCAGCUGCACCUGGCACAGGAGGCUGCCCAGGUGGCAGCCGAGUACAGGCUCGUGCACCGGACCAUGGCCCAGCCCCCCGUCCACGACUACGUGCCCGCCUCCUGGAUCACCCUGGUGCAUGUCAAGGCUGAGUACUUCUGCUCCCUGGCCCACUACCACAUAGCCAUGGCCCUCUGCGACAGCUCCCCAGCGACCGAGGGAGAGCUCCCCGCACACGAGCAGGUCUUCCUCCAGCCCCACGCCUCCUCUGAGCCCCGAGGCCCCGCACUGCCACUGGAGCUGGAGGAGCGCAGGAAGCUUGGCAAGGCGCACCUGAAGCGCGCCAUCCUGGGGCAGGAGGAGGCGCUGCGGCUGCACACACUGUGCCGUGUCCUGCGGGAGGUGGACCUGCUGCGGGCCGUGGUCGCCCAGGCGCUGCAGCGUUCACUGGCCAAGUACUCAGAACUCGACUGCGAGGAUGACUUCUGUGAGACGGCGGAGGCCCCCGACAUCCGGCCUAAGACCCGCCAGAAGCCAGAGGCCAGGAUGCCGCACCUGUCCCAGGGGAAGGGGCCUGACAUCUUCCAUCGGCUGGGGCCCCUGUCUGUGUUCUCAGCCAAGAACCGGUGGCGGCUGGUGGGCCCCAUCCACCUGACCCGAGGAGAGGGCGGCUUCGGUCUCACACUUCGGGGAGACUCGCCUGUCCUCAUUGCUGCCGUCAUUCCGGGGGGCCAGGCUGCGGCGGCAGGCCUGAAGGAGGGUGACUACAUCGUGGCGGUGAACGGGCAGCCGUGCCGCUGGUGGAGGCACGCGGAGGUGGUGGCGGAGCUGAGGGCUUCGGGAGACGCAGGUGCCAGCCUGCAGGUGGUGUCGCUGCUGCCCAGCUCUGGCCUGCCCUGCCUGGGGGACCGCCGGCCCGCCCUGCUGGGCCCCAAGGGGCUUCUGAGGAGCCAGAGGGAGCAUGGUUGCAAGACCCCGGCAUCCACAAGGGCCAGCCCCCGGCCCCUCCUCGGCUGGAGCCGAAAGACCCAACAGGGCAAGACUGGAGGCUGCUCACAGCCCGGCGCCCCAGCGAAGACGGCUCCACCCUCACCCUCGGAGCUCCCAGGGCAGCUGUGAGGGCGCGGCUCCCCACACACCCCAGCUCUGGCUCCAGCUGGUGGGAAGCAUCAAGCACUCCCCCACCCAGAGGGCCUGCAGGCAGUGCCUGCUUUGCCCUGUGCCGGAGGUUGCCCCAGGCACCUUCCUGCCCAUUAAAGACAAUGGUCAGACCUGUCUGA